ACAGUGGCCACAAAUAUAAACGUUGACUCACUGCGGAACAUCAACAAGGGAGAUCAGAUCCCAAAAGCUUAAACAUACACUUUGCCCGAAAAAGAGAGAAGAAAAUGUCACACUUCCUGCAAUUUUUAGUUACAAAUGUAACAUCCUUCUUGCUGCAACCCUCUGUUUUAACAAUUUUAGCCUUCAGCUUCAUACUCCUAUUCAAAUGGUAUUCCAUCCUUCCAAACAGUAACACCAAAAAAAACUCACCACCAUCACCACCAAAGCUACCCAUCAUUGGAAACCUUCACCAACUUGGCUUGCAGCCUCACCGUUCACUCCAAACCUUAGCUCAGCGCCAUGGCCCUCUCAUGCUGCUUCACUUUGGCAGCGUACCAGUCCUUGUUGUCUCGUCUGCUGAUGCUGCCCAAGAGAUCAUGAAGACCCGAGACCUCAACUUUGCAGACCGACCCAAAUCAGGCAUAUCAGAGAAACUAUUAUACAGUUACAAAGAUGUGGCUUCAGCCCCCUACGGUGAGUACUGGAGGCAAAUGAAAAGCAUACUUGUGCUACAUCUUUUAAGUAACAAAAGGGUUCAGUCCUUUUGCUCUGUGAGAGAGGAGGAAACUUUCCUGAUGAUUGACAAAAUCAAAGAGUCCUGUUCUUCUUCAUCUGUGAAUUUGAGUGAAAUAUUUGCAAAGCUUACUAAUGAUGUAGUAUGUAGGGUCGCCUUGGGAAAAAAGUAUGGUGAAGGGGAAGGUGGAAAGAAAUUCAAGGAGCUUCUCGGGGAGUUUGCGGAGUUGUUGGGUGCUAUCAACGUGGGGGACUAUAUUCCAUCGCUUGCUUGGUUGAACCGUGCCAAUGGCUUUUAUGCCAAAGCAGAGAAAGUGGCUAAACAAUUAGAUGAUUUUCUAGAAGGAGUAAUUGAAGAGCAUAUAAAUUGUCAGAAGAAAGGGGAUCAUGACCGUGGUUUUACUUUUAGUCAAGAAAAUGAAGACCAAAAAGACUUUGUAGACAUUUUGCUUUGGAUUCAAGAGGAAAACGUGAUUGGUUUCCCUGUCGACAGAGAUAGUAUUAAGGCUUUAAUCCUGGAUGCAUUCGCUGCUGGGACUGACACUACAUACAUAGUUUUAGAAUGGACAAUGACAGAGCUCAUAAGGCACCCUGAGGUGAUGAAGAAGGUGCAAAAUGAAGUGAGAGAGAUUGCUGGCAAUAAAAAGGACAUAACUGAGGAUGAUUUGGAUAAAAUGCAUUACUUGAAGGCAAUAAUCAAAGAGACUCUUCGCCUUCAUCCACCUAUUCCACUAUUAGUUCCUCGAAAAUCAAUUCAAGAUGCAAAAAUACAUGGCUAUGAUAUCGCAGUAGGCACUCAAGUCAUUAUCAAUGCAUGGACAAUUGGAAAAGACCCUACAUUAUGGGACGAACCAGAGGAGUUUCAACCAGAAAGGUUCUUAACUUCUUCAAUAGAUUUUAAAGGACAUGACUUCCAAUUGAUCCCAUUUGGAGCGGGAAGGAGGGGAUGCCCUGGAAUUUCUUUUGCCAUAACUACUAUUGAGCUUGUUAUGGCAAAUCUUGUGCGCAACUUUGAAUGGACAUUGCCUGAUGGAGCAAUAGGAAAGGAUUUGGACAUGACUGAAUCUACCGGUCUAACCAUUCAUAGAAAAUUUCCUCUUAUGGCAAUUGCAACUUCAUAUUUUGGCUAGUAUAUAUAGACACAAUACAUAUUAGUAGUAGAAGAAUUCCCAAGUUUAGUUUGGCUAGAAA